CACAUUCUUCAUUGAGAGAGUAUUUUUUCCCAGUGCUAGUGUAAGGUUCAGACUCCCUCACAAGAAACACUUUUUAUAAAACAGAAUUGAACGAGACGCUAAAACCAUUGACAGUGGGCAGGUCAUUGAAGCUUACAUUAGACAACUCUCUCCACUAAUAGAUUUUUCUAAUCUGAUUUUUUUGUUUUGUUGUAAUCAUUGCUUUGGGCUUUCUGAAUAAAUAACCUCGACCAGAGACCAAACUGACUGGAACAACUACAUCUCCUGGCGCCAUCGAAAUGGAUCCUCUGCAAUGUAUUCCGUUGUUGGGCAACAAUCCUCAUCAGAGAACGGUGGAGGCAACACCAUACAAAAGUAAUGCAAGAGAAACAACCAAACAACGGGAAGGGAAGGGAAAACAAUAUGCACAUGCUGUCAUACGGACUAAAAAUAGGGUUUUGAAGGAAAUAUGGCUUAUAUUUCCAAAAUGGAUCAAUAACCAUUUUGUACAUUCCGAAAAACAACUAUUUUGGGAAAUAGAUAUAUUUUUAUUAACUCUUGAAGGAAUACUAGAACCUAUAUAUAUAUACAUGUUCACUUAUUUUAGUCCAUGUUUAGAUGGGAAAGAUGCGUGUUGGAAGUUAAUAUAUGACAAGGCUGUGGAGUAUAAACAGAAAUAUAAUGUUCAACACAUCUAUGUGGGCUUCCAUAAAGUGUAUUUACCCAAGGUUGAUCGUGGCAAGACAGUUUAUAGUGUUGAUACCAACUAUAAAUUUCAAUUUGUUUUCUAUGGAGGUUGUUUGUCUGAAGUACGGAAUAUGAAGAUUAAGGAUGAGGACAUAAAAAACUUCCAAACAAGAAUUACAUCUUUUGUUGACAAAUUAAAAGAAUAUUGCAAUGAGCUUCCUAUGGAUCAUACAUACAAUGAUUACGUAACCAGGAUAAAUGAUUUGGUGAAAGAAGUCUUUGAUUCAAAAUUCUGUGCAAAACACCCAGAGGUUGUGGAUAAGAUCUGUGAAUUAUGUGAGGGAGCCUUAAAGCAAAGUGAAAAAUGUUCAAAGAAAAGAAAGAAAUCGUAUAUAGAUGAAGAAAAAUGUUGUCCUAAUUUGAACAUGCCUGGUUAUGUGACAAUGUGCAAUGUCCCUUUUGACAAUCCUGAAAACAUAUUAAAAUCCCUACAUAAGAAGUUUCCAAUCCCAUCUGAUGGCUGGCUAAGACUCAAGUGGAUGUUUUCAGUACUUAAAAUUUUUUUCAAACAUUAUAAAUGUUUUCAUUAAAUGCGGGCAACUAACUUCCAAUAAAUGUAAUAAUGUAUGUGUGCUCAUGUUUGUGUUUGUUAAUGUAUGUGAAAUACACACUCCUGUACACACAAGUGUAUAUUUCAACUAUCACUGAGACAUCUGCAGUUAGCUGUUUCACAAUCUGAUUAUUAUUAUCAGUAGUUAUUUUGUUUAAAAGCGGGAGGAUGUGAGCCAGGCCCGGAGCCAGGCCCGGCGUAGCGUGACCCCGGGUCUGGAAAAAUACUUUUGGACCUCCAGAAACCCGCUAGUGACAAAGUGUGUGGAGAUUUCCACCCUGGCAGCAGCGGAACUGGCUGCAGGGACCCAAAUGUGGUACAUCCCACGUGUCAUUAGGUGGGGUCCCCCACUCACGCAAAGUAGUCCAGGCGGCAACAGUAGAACAAAAAAACAAACUUUUAAAUGCACGCGACACACACACACAAGCACACCUUUUAGAGACACAUCUCAAAGAUGUUUUAAUUGUGAAAUGUGCACCCCCUUUAAUGGCCUUUUAACAGUGUGUGGUAUCCAUGUAAAUUAUUUUUUAACGCGCUUUUAAACUGUGAGUUGAUGUGUGCUGGACAUACCAGUUUUUAUCCAUUGUU